CUGAAACAAGAGUAUUUUCAGAAGAAUCAAAGUUUUCGCUUUCAGGGAGUAAAGAUAAAGAUUGAUGACUCAGGCAACGUUUGGAUCAAAUCAUCGGAAAACAAUGUUAUUACAAGUGGAAUAUUAGGUGAACAAAGUGUGCAACAGAAUCCAAUUAAGAUUUUUGAUCUGAAAGUUUUCAAAGACAUGAUCUCGGGACAGCGUGGUUUUGAUGAAAGUGCGCGUGAUCCAUACAGCCGAUUAGCAAUCACUUAUAUUUAUGUUGACAAACCAGCAAAUGCUUUAUCAUCAGCAUUAUGGUUUGCUGUGAUACAUCUAGCAGCCUUAGAAAUGAUCCAAAUUCUGCUUCCUACCACCUCGGUAUUACAAACGGCACCGUCCUUAGCAAAUCAUGACUUUCACAAUGUACACAAUUGCUUCAAUGCUUAUCAACAGCAAUGUAACGGAGCGGAUAUGAUCUGUAAUGCACGAACUGCUUCUUCAUCUAGUUCGGGAUCUUCUCCUUACUAUUCUGGGGCCAGUUUUUACUGCAAUCGACAAGCAAGUCACGUGGCGCAUUACCAGCACCAAAAAGAGAAGGGAAGAAGUCUUCUAAACCUCAACGAUUUGGAUCGCUUACAAAACUCAACAUACUUUCAGCAAGAGGUCGGAAACUUUGGAGAUCUUAAACACAGAAAACAUAAUCAACACUACGCAGGGAAUACGUCAACUUCGCCACUGGUACAUUGCUGCGAACCGAAUAACUGGCGUUCCCGAAGCGAAACAUCUCUUUGUUGUGAAAGGCUUUAG